CAUGCAGGCUCUGGUGGACUGGACGGACGUCCAGGUGCAGCACGAGCUGAUGAGAGGUCUGGAGGACAACUCGUUCUUCAGGUCGUGUGUGUGUGAGAUGCUGCGUGUGGUGAUGGAUGAGGGCUGCUCCACCCAAAGCUCCGCCCUCUCUUACCUGGGACAGAGAUUCAGAGUGAAGAUGAGUCUACCUGAGUGGUACACGCACGAGCAGUGUGCACGCUACCUGAUCGAUGAGUGUAUCCUGAUCCACCUGCGCUCUGACAUAGAAAAGUUUCACCUGCUGUGUAUGAUGACCAGGAAGCUGUUCACCUUUGCUAAACAGGAGUGUUUAGAGGAAAACCCAGACAGCAUUAUGUGUCAGGAGAUUCUGACUCCAGGUCAGCUGUACCUCAUGUUCCUGAAGGAGCGCCUGGCGGCCUGGUUGGUGUCGGUGAAGCUCUCCUUUGAUAAGCGGGGAAGCAGACUCAGUGGAGGCUGGACUGCUGAGAACGUGUUGAAGAUCUUCAACACGGGCUCUGACCUCACUAAACCCUUCGAGUACCUGCUCGCCACGGGGAACCUGAACUCAAAAACCGGUCUGGGCAUGCUCCAGAACACUGGGCUGUGCGUCGUCGCUGACAAACUCAACUUCAUCAGAUACCUGUCUCACUUCCGCUGCGUGCACCGAGGAGCCGCCUUCGCCAAGAUGAGGACCACGUCUGUCCGGAAACUUCUUCCUGAGUCGUGGGGCUUCCUGUGUCCCGUCCACACGCCCGACGGCGAGCCCUGCGGACUCAUGAACCACAUGACGGCCAGCUGUGAGAUCGUAGCUCAGAGUCUUUCAACCGUCAGUCUACCGACUCUGCUCUGCUUGCUCGGUGUGACCCCGGUGGACGGUUCACCUGGUCGUGCGUUCUCAGACUGUUACCCGGUGGUGCUGGACGGGGCCGUGGUGGGUUGGGUGGAGGAGGAUCUGGCUCAGGUGGUGGUGGACUCCAUUCGCAGGUUUAAGGUGCUGAAGGAGAAGAAGAUCCCUCCGUGGACUGAGGUGGUUCUGGUUCCUAAGACGGGUAAGUCCAGUCUGUACCCGGGUCUGUUCCUGUUCACCACACCCUGCAGGAUGGUCCGCCCCGUCAGGAACCUGAGUCUGGGGAGGCAGGAGCUGAUCGGGACCUUCGAGCAGGUAUACAGGUGUUUCAUAUCUCACAGUUUGUUGAGUAUUGAUUAUUGAUGGUUCUUCUUCUGGUCUAGUGGGUUAGGGUUAGGGUUAGUCUGCGAUCUGCGAUGCAAGCUGUCAUGCUUCUUGCUGCCGGCGAGCACGGUCCCGCGAAUGUUAAGUUGUUUCUGAUUGCGGUCAGAGCGGUCUGAUUGCUCAACACAGCCUGAAGAAAGUACUUCACGGUCGGCACAAACUCGUCUGUGUUGCUACAAAAAUCUUGGAGGUGCUCGGCUGGGCGCUCAGACUCUCCGCACCCGCGGACCAUUCUCGCACCGACCGUAAGAAGCAUGAAACCUGAUUCAAUGAGUCAAUGUGCAGCACAUGGAUAAUUUCCAUAACGUUACAUUUCUGUGAAAACACUGUGGAAAGAUUUGGAGUCUGGUUAGCAAGCCAGCCUUUCUGUUCAACAUCCUGUCUG